AUGGAUGUCAUGGGCCAUUUUCUGGUCCUAAGUCCCAACACAUCGCCAGCAGACGAGGCUCCGCGGUCCUGCUCAUCCCCGAGGACGCCGCCGAGCGCGAGAUGGGGUUCCUUCACGAACUGGAACUACAACGGCAUGAAGGAGCGGCUGCGGGGACUGCACGCGCAGAUCCACAAGGCUGCGCUCGUGCGGCACGCCGAGACCGUCACGGGACAGUAA